AUGUCACCAGGUGUAUUAUCAAUGGAUCCAUCGGUUCAUCAAACAUUAAGACGUAAACAAAGACGAUUAGCUCGAGAAAAUCCAGGAGUUCUUGUUGCCGUUGCAAAAGGUGCUAAUCAAGCGAUAUUAGAAUGUCAAUAUCAAUUCAGAGAUAGAAGAUGGAAUUGUUCGACGAGGAAUUUUUUAAGAGGGAAAAAUCUUUUUGGAAAAAUCGUCGAUAGAGGAUGUCGAGAAACGGCAUUCAUAUAUGCAAUAACAAGCGCGGCAGUUACACACGCUGUCGCGAGAGCCUGCAGCGAAGGUGCCAUAAAAUCAUGUACUUGCGAUUACAGUCAUCAGGGUCGAGGACCGUUACCGACAAGGAUAGCACAUCAUCAAGCUCGAGGUCCUACGAAUACUCUGCCGGGAGUUAGGGAUUGGGAAUGGGGAGGUUGUUCCGAUAACAUAGGAUUCGGUUUUAAAUUUUCUAGAGCGUUUGUAGACACCGGAGAAAAGGGAAGAAAUUUAAGAGAGAAGAUGAAUCUUCACAACAAUGAAGCUGGAAGAGUGCAUGUAUCGAUGGGCAUGAGACAAGAAUGCAAAUGUCACGGUAUGUCAGGGUCUUGUACAGUUAAAACUUGUUGGAUGAGGCUACCCACUUUUCGUGAAAUAGGAGAUAGUUUAAAAGACAGAUUCGACGGAGCAUCAAGAGUCAUGUUGAGCAAUGCCGGAAGUAUGAGAUCAUUGAAUUCCGGUAGGAAAAAACGUAACAAAUACAAUUUACAAUUGAAACCCUACGAUCCGGAUCACAAACCGCCGGGCACGAAAGAUUUGGUUUAUUUGGAUCCCUCACCUGAUUUUUGCGAAAGGAAUCCCAAAUUGGGGAUACAGGGAACUCACGGUCGUCAGUGUAACGAUACGAGCAUAGGAGUCGAUGGAUGCGAUUUAAUGUGUUGCGGUAGGGGUCACAAAACCCAAGAAAUGAUGGUCACCGAAAGGUGUAGAUGUACUUUUCAUUGGUGUUGCGAAGUGAAGUGUGAUUACUGCAGGACAAAGAAAACCGUUCAUACAUGUUUGUAA